GGAAGCCUGUCAGGGAGAGGGGCUGGGGAAGCGCCACGGGCAGACUCGCUCCGGCCUCGACGUCGCCCUUUCCCGCCAUGAAGAACCGCUUCAACACGGUCGAUAUCCGGGCGGUGAUAGCCGAGCUGCGUCAGAGCUUGCUGGGAAUGAGGGUAAACAACGUUUAUGAUGUAGAUAAUAAGACAUAUCUCAUCCGCCUUCAGAAGCCAGACGUCAAGGCCACGCUUCUUCUGGAAUCUGGCAUUAGGAUCCACAUGACAGAGUUCGAGUGGCCCAAGAACAUGAUGCCGUCGGGCUUUGCCAUGAAGUGCCGCAAGCAUUUAAAGACCAGGCGGCUGGUGAGCGUGAAGCAACUCGGCGUUGACAGAAUAGUGGACUUCCAGUUUGGAAGUGAGGAAGCGGCGUAUCACCUCAUAAUAGAGCUCUAUGACAGGGGCAACAUCGUCCUUACUGACCACGAGUACCUGAUCCUGAACAUCCUGAGGUUUCGCACGGAUGAAGCGGAUGAUGUCAAGUUUGCGGUGCGGGAGCACUACCCGGUCGAUAACGCCAAGCCGGCAUCGCCGUUGCCCACCUCAGAAAGGUUGACAGAAAUAAUCACCGCCGCACCUAAAGAGGAGCAGAUAAAGAGAGUCCUAAACCCCCACCUUCCUUAUGGAGCUACUCUGAUUGAGCACUGCUUGGUAGAAACGGGAUUUCUGAGUAAUGCCAAGAUUGAGCAAAUGGAAAGCAAAGAUAUUGAAAAGGUGCUCGUGGCUUUACAAAAAGCAGAAGACUAUAUGGAACUAACAGACAACUUCAAUGGCAAGGGCUAUAUUAUCCAGAAAAGAGAGCGAAAGCCAAGUCUGGAACCAAACAAACCUGGCGAAGAAAUCCUCACAUACGAGGAGUUUCACCCUUUCUUGUUUUCACAACAUGCAAAAUGUCCGUAUGUGGAGUUUGAAUCUUUCAACAAGGCAGUGGACGAAUUUUACUCUAAGCUGGAAGGUCAGAAGAUAGACUUGAAGGCAUUGCAACAGGAAAAGCAAGCGCUGAAGAAGCUGGAAAAUGUUCGGAAGGACCAUGAGCACAGACUCGAAGCUCUUCAUCAAGCUCAGGAAAUCGACAAGGUGAAAGGCGAGCUCGUGGAAAUGAACCUUGAGAUAGUCGACCAAGCCAUCCAGGUUGUCCGGAGUGCCUUGGCCAACCAGAUCGACUGGACGGAAAUCAGAGCCAUUGUCAAGGAGGCCCAGGCCCAGGGGGACCCUGUGGCGAGCGCCAUCAAGGAGCUGAAGCUGCAGACCAACCACAUCACGAUGCUCCUGCGAAACCCGUACAUACUUUCAGAGGAGGAGGAGGAAGAGGAGGCAGGGGAAGAGGAAGAGGCCGAAGAGCCGAAGGGGAAGAAGAAGAAGAAAGCCAAACAACUCAAGAAGCCCCAGAAGAACAAGCCCCUGCUGGUGGAUGUGGAUCUUGGCUUGUCUGCGUAUGCAAAUGCCAAAAAAUAUUAUGACCACAAGAGACACGCUGCCCGAAAGACCCAGAAAACUGUGGAAGCUGCAGAGAAGGCCUUUAAAUCGGCAGAAAAGAAGACCAAGCAGACGCUGAAAGAAGUUCAAACUGUCAGCACCAUUCAGAAGGCUAGAAAGGUUUACUGGUUUGAGAAAUUCCUGUGGUUCCUCAGUUCGGAGAACUACCUCGUGAUAGCUGGGCGAGACCAACAGCAAAACGAAAUGAUUGUCAAGAGAUACCUGAGGCCAGGGGACAUCUACGUGCACGCAGAUCUUCACGGAGCAACCAGCUGCGUGGUCAAGAACCCGACAGGGGACCCGAUCCCUCCGCGGACGCUCACCGAGGCAGGGACGAUGGCUCUGUGCUACAGCGCAGCCUGGGACGCCCGGGUCAUCACUAGCGCCUGGUGGGUGUAUCAUCAUCAGGUUUCGAAAACCGCUCCUACCGGAGAGUACCUCACCACAGGAAGCUUCAUGGUCCGAGGGAAGAAGAAUUUCCUGCCUCCUUCUUACCUGAUGAUGGGCUUUAGCUUCUUAUUUAAGGUGGACGAAUCGUGUGUGUGGCGGCACCAGGGCGAGCGGAAGGUCAAGGUGCAAGAUGAAGACAUGGGGACCGUGACCAGCAGCACCAGUGAGCUGGCGGCGGAGGAGACGGAGCCCUUAGACGCGCCAGAGGGAGACGACAGCAGCAGCGAGGCGGGGGAGGCCACGGACGGGCCUGAGGAGGGGGAAGUGCGCCAGCCCGAGGGCGAAGGGCACGGUGCAGGCGACGCUCCGGAAGGAUCCUCCGGCUCCGAGGAGGAGGGGCAGGAGGCCGCGCAGGAGGCCUCGGAGGAGAUGCGCUUUCCAGACACGACCAUCGAUCUGUCGCACCUCCAGGCUCAGAGAUCCCGGCUGCACCCGACACCCAGAGAGGACGCCGUGCCUGCGGGUGACGGCAGGAACCAGGGCCGGAGGCACCGCUCGGCCAGGGAGCGGAGGGAGAUGAAGAAGAAGGCGCAGCCAAGUGAGCCGGAGGAGCCUGACCCGCCAAGGGGGAGGGAAGAGGGGGAAGGGGCCCAGCCCGCGCCUCCUCCCCGCCCCAGCAAGAACGUGGGUGCCCAGCAGCCCGUGAAGCGGGGCCAGAAGAGCAAGCUGAAGAAAAUCCGGGAGAAGUACAAGGACCAGGACGAGGAGGACCGGGAGCUGAUCAUGCAGCUGCUGGGCUCCGCAGGGUCAGCCAAAGACGAGAAGCCGAAGAAAGCCAGGAAGGGAAAGACGGGCCAGGACCAGGCGAGGAAGCAGCCCCAGAAGCUCCGGCAGGCCCAGAGGCCAGUGGAGCGGGCCAGGAUCGAGGAGCUGACCCCCGAAUUCCAGGGCAUCGCUCUGGAGGAGGACCCAGACGAGAAGGAGGAGCACGAUCCAGACCUCCACACCCACGAGGAAGAGCAGACCCUGUUUGAUUCCCUGACUGGGCAGCCCCACGCAGAAGACGUCCUGCUCUUCGCCAUCCCGGUCUGCGCCCCGUACACCGCCAUGACCAACUACAAAUACAAAGUCAAGCUGACGCCCGGCACGCAGAAGAAGGGAAAAGCUGCCAAGACGGCUCUGCAUAAUUUCAUGCAGUCCAAGGAGGCGACCCCCAGAGAGAAGGAUCUCUUGCGCAGCGUGAAGGAUACAGAACUAUCCAGGAAUAUUCCAGGCAAAGUGAAGGUGUCGGCCCCUAACCUCCUCAACAUGAAAAAGAAGUGAUGGCAGCUGCCCGCGGCUUCUCACACCUGCAGCUUCCAGCCGCCUGUGCCCAGUGCCGGGCGUGGCAUCUCCUCCCUGGAGCGCCUUCCAGGUUUGCUAAUAAAGUCCAGUGCUAUGUUUACUGCUACUGCUUUUGUGGAAGUCAGGGGCGGGGGGGGGUAGUUGCCACACGCUGGCUCCCACUUGGUAGGCCCAUACGUGGAAGGUCUUCAUACGCGUCUCGUGUCGCCCGUCCUGGGUCUUUGGCAAUGGAGCAAGAGCCGCGCCUCACCAAACCCCGUUGGAGGGAUGCUCACGUCCAUUUUCAAGCGGGGGGAAAACUGCUCUGGUUGCAUCCUCCUCUUCUGGGCAUCCUUGGAACGCUUCCCAUGAAGCCCUGCCUGGCCUGGGCCAGGCUAAGGGAACGCCUUUCCCCGGACGUACCAGCCCGGUCCCUGCGGUCUUCAUCUGAGGCCCUCCUCCGCUUUCCGCCCCCCAGUGAGGGGAAAGCCUUCUCCAGUAUAGCACCCCGACUUUGGAACUCAAUUCCACCGGAGAGCUGGUUGGCACCUCCUCUUCUGGCCUUCAGGUACCAACUAAAGGCAUACUUGUUCCAUAGUUGUUUUAAUUAGGUGAAUUCUAGAUUUUUUAAUGGAAAUUUUAAUCUUAAUUUUGUUAUGUGCUGCUGUCAAUUGGGUUUAAAUGCCAGAUAUUGAGAUAAUUAAAUUUUAAUGGUUUUUGUCUUAUUUGGGGUUUUAGCUAUAUAUUUCAUUUAUUUUGUUGUUUGAUUUUGUUGAAUCUUCAGAGUUUAUUUUAUUGUUAUUGGCCCUUUGGUUUGAAUUGUGAUGUCUUUCUAUUGUUUAUGGAUUUUAAUAUGAUGUAAGCUGCCCAGAGAGCCUAUGGCUAGUGGGGAGGCAUAUACAUUGAUUAAACAAAUAAUGAGCUGGA